AUGUGGGAUAAGAGGCUGGUGAGGCUGGCCUUGUUGCAGCACCUUCGGGCUGUCUAUGGCAUCAAGGUCAAAGGUGACCGCGGGCACUGCACUCGCAAGAGAAAAGAAACAGCAGCCACGGAAAUAGUGGGUAAAAUAUUUGGAGUACCUAUUAAUGCAUUGACCCAUUCUGUUGUACCAGAAUAUGGACAAAUUCCAAGUUUUCUUGUUGAUGCUUGCACAUCUCUAGAAGAGCAUAUUCAUACAGAAGGGCUUUUUAGGAAAUCAGGAUCUGUUAUUCGUCUAAAAGCUCUAAAGGAUAAACUGGAUCACGGUGACAGUGGCCUGUCUUCUGCACUGCCUUGUGAUAUUGCAGGACUCGUUAAGCAGUUUUUUAGGGAAUUGCCAGAGCCCAUUCUCCCAGCUGAUUUGCAUGAAGCACUUUUCAAAGCUCAAGAGUUAGGAACAGAGCAGAAGAAUAAAGCUACAUUGUUGCUCUCCUGUCUUAUGCCUGGCCACACUAUUGAUAUAUUAAGAUACUUCUUUAACUUCCUCAGGAAUGUUUCUGUUAGGUCCAGUGAGAAUAAGAUGGAUAGUAGCAAUCUUGCAGUGAUAUUUGCACCAAACCUCCUUCAGACAAGCAGAGGACAUGAAAAGAUACCUGCCAAUGCAGAAAAAAAGCUACGAUUACAGGCUGCAGUAGUGCAGACUUUUAUUGAUUGUGCAUCAGAUAUUGGGCAUGUUCCAGAUUUUAUCCUGGAAAAGAUACCGGCUAUGUUGGGUGUUGAAGGUCUCUGUGCUACUCCAUCACUGGAAGGCUUUGAAGAAGGUGAAUAUGAAACCCCUGUUGACUAUAAGAGAAAGCGAAGACAAAGUGUAGGAGACUUUGUCAGUGGAGCACUAAAUAAACUUAAAUAUAACAGAACACCCUCUAUUACGCCUCAACAAGAAAGAAUCGCACAACUAUCUGAGUCACCAGUGAUUCUUACACCAAAUGCUAAGCGUAAACUGCCAGUAGAUUCUUAUGGCUUCUCAAGCAAGAAAAGGAAGUCUAUCAAGCACAAUUUUAACUUUGACUUGUUGCCAAGCAACCUCUUCAGUACCAGUUCUACACCACUAUCAGUUCACGUUGAUACAAGCCCAGAAGGGUCAUCUCAGAGUUCACUCUCUCCUGUAGCCAUCAGUGGAAAUCCCUUGAUCAGCACAGAUGUGCCAAGGCGAAGUAAAAGGAUUGCAAGCAAAAAAGUUUGCAGGGUGGAAUCAGGAAAAGCAGGCUGCUUCUCUCCUAAAAUCAGUCGUAAAGAAAAAGUUCGAAGAUCUCUUCGUUUGAGAUUUAGUCUGGGGAGAAGUAGCAAAGAUGUAAAUGGGUAUUCUGGUGUCAAUAGACAUGAAAAUGUUGGUCGAAGACUUGCAAAUCAACAAAGUUUAAAAAAUAGGAUUGAAUGUGUAAAAACAGGUCUGCUUUUUAGCCCAGAUAUUGAUGAAAAACUAACAAAGAAAGGUUCAAAAAAGAUCAGUAAGUCGGAGGAAAACUUACUAACUCCAGAACAACUAGAUGGAACAAGUUACCGAAUGUCUUGGACGGGACCAAAUAAUUCAAGUAUUCGAGAAACAGAAGCAAAUGAAGCUUCUCCGAUAGAAGGAAGUCUUGAGGUAGAAAACUCCUCUUUGGAGCCUGAUAUUAUGAUGGAAAAGUCAUCUAUUAAUUCAUAUGAAUUCACCCCUUCUAAUUUACACAACAAGCAUAAUAACAACAUAACCACAAGCUCUCUUAGUGGGGAUGAAAAUAAUUUGAGUACAGAGACUUUGGUGAAAAUUCAGAAAGCAUUUUCGGAAUCUGGAAGUAAUCUUCAUGCAUUGAUAAAUCACAGGCAGUCAUCGAUAACUAAUGUGGAGAAAGUAAAAUUAAAUGAAACAACCUCUAUAGCAUAUAGCCCUGGGAAAAAUCUCUUUGAAACUAAUGAUUUGACUGUGAUAGAAUCAAGUGAACACCACACUAGUAAAAGUGAAAACAGUUUUUCAGAAAGAGAUUUCUCACUACAUCAGACUAAAAUAUUAGAUAGAGAAGCAACUACAAAAUGUUACUCUACUGAGAUGAAGGUGGAACAUGAUGAAAGCGUUUAUUCAGAUAUACCAAAUGGUUAUUUAAGCAAGCAAGAAUUGCCCAGUGAUGAACAAAUAAAAAUACAACAGUCUCCAAGGGAUAAACUAAAUACUAAAUUAAAGGAGGAGAAUAUGAUGGAGGAGAACUUACCAAAAUGCACAGCUUCUAGAGAGGAUGCAGCUGACCCCUCUUCCUCAGUGCGGAUUACACAUAAUAUAGCUAAGUUGUCAAAACCUAGGCCCGUGAGAGUGGUUAAACAGCUGUCACUGGUGGAAACAUGUGAUACAACAGUUUAUAAAGGUUUACAAGUAGCAGAGCAUGGUAAGGUUUCAGACCAUAUACAGUGGUUUAAUAAGCUUUCUUUAAAUGAACCAAAUAGGACAAAAGUUAAAUCACCUCUUAAGUUUCAGCGCACACCUGUCCGUCAGUCUGUCAGAAGAAUUACUUCUUUAUUAGAGUAUAAUAGACAACCUACAAGGCAUAAAUUGGCACAUCUUGAUGAUACUGCUUCUCCUCUGGUUAAAGCAGUGAGCUAUGACAGUGCUCUUUCCUCUUGCACAGAAAGUUCUUCAAAGGAUUCCUCAAUUUCAUGUACUCAAUCAGGUCUAAGAGAACAGAAGUCUUUAUCAUGUGAACAGUCAAGUGUUGAUGCAGCUUCGAAAUCAAGCAUGGAAUUAACUUCUAAAUCUUUCUCACAGAUGGAAAGGCACCCAGACUCCGUGAAUGCUUCUCUUGGGUCAACCAGAAUUUACAGAGAGAAAGUUAUAUCUGAUGGCCAAAUUAAGGUUCCCUUGGAGGAUCUGACAAAUUAUGAUAUAUUAAAACCUGUUGUAAAUAACAAUGUGGGCUUUUCUCCUGGGAUAAAUAACAGGGUCCUUAGGAAACCAUCAGAAAAACAAAAGAUUUCUUAUAAAGGUUCUCCCAAAAAUCCUUUUGGAAAAGUUCAACUACUACCAACAAGUAAACCUGUAGACUUGUAAUUGGUCAGUGUUAUGCUUGUCAUCAAUGUAAAUAAAAUUAGCUGUUAGUGACGUGCUUGCAAGGUAAUCUACAUGUUAAUUUGUAGCUCAAGAUGAUAUGUGAUAGGUUUUUUUUAUUUUUUAAAGAUUUUAUUUAUUUUUAGAGAGAGGGUAAGGGAGAGAGAAAAAGGGAGAAGAACAUCAAUGUGUGGUUGCCUCUUGUGCAGCCUCAACCAGGGACCUGGCCUGCAACCCAGGCAUGUGCCCUGACCGGGAGUCGAACUGGUGACC